AUGCCAUCCCAUUUCGAUACACUUCAAUUGCACGCUGGUCAACCAGUCGAAGCUCCACAUAAAGCCAGAGCCCCACCAAUCUAUGCCACUAGUUCAUAUGUUUUCAACGACUCCAAACAUGGUGCUCAAUUGUUUGGUUUGGAAACCCCUGGAUAUAUAUACUCUAGGAUUAUGAAUCCAACCAACGACGUAUUUGAACAAAGAAUUGCUGCCCUUGAAGGGGGUAUCGGUGCAUUGGCCACAUCGUCCGGUCAAGCUGCUCAGUUAUUGGCCAUUGCUGGUUUAGCACAUUCUGGUGACAACAUUAUUAGUACAUCAUACUUAUACGGAGGUACUUAUAACCAAUUCAAAGUUGCCUUCAAGAGAUUUGGAAUCGAGACUAGGUUUGUCAAUGGUGAUAGCGUUGACGAAUUUGCCAAAUUGAUUGACGACAAGACCAAGGCAAUUUACUUGGAAAGUAUUGGAAACCCAAAGUACAACGUUCCUGACUUUGAAAAGAUUGUUAAAUUAGCUCAUGACCAUGGAAUUCCUGUUGUUGUUGACAAUACCUUUGGUGCAGGUGGAUUCUUGGUUAAUCCUAUUGCACAUGGUGCUGAUAUUGUUGUUCAUUCAGCUACCAAAUGGAUUGGUGGACAUGGUACCACCAUUGCCGGUGUCGUUGUUGACUCUGGUAAAUUUCCAUGGACAAAGUAUCCUGAAAAGUAUCCACAGUUUUCUAAACCUUCUGAAGGUUACCAUGGGUUGAUCUUGAACGAUGCAUUAAAAGAGAGUGCAUAUAUUGGACAUUUAAGAAUUGAGUUGUUGCGUGAUUUAGGCCCAGCUUUGAAUCCAUUCGGAUCCUUUUUGCUUUUGCAAGGUUUGGAAACUUUGAGUUUGAGAGUGGAAAGACAAAGUGAGAAUGCAUUAAAGUUGGCCCAAUGGUUGGAGCUGAACCCGCAUGUUGACUCCGUUUCCUACGUUGGUUUGCCAUCACACGAGUCUCACGAAUUGGCCAAGAAAUACUUUAACAACAAUGCCAAGUUCUUUGGUGGUGCCUUGUCUUUCACAGUCAAGGAUAUAGAAUCCACUUCUUCUGAUCCAUUUGACGAAGCCUCACCCAAGGUUGUUGACAAUUUGAAAAUUGCUUCAAACUUGGCAAACGUGGGUGAUUCCAAGACUUUGGUUAUAGCACCAUAUUUUACUACUCAUCAACAAUUGGAUGAGGAAGAAAAGAAGGCAUCUGGUGUAUCUAAAGGAUUAAUCAGAGUAUCAGUCGGUACUGAGUUUAUAGACGAUAUCAUAAACGAUUUCGACCAAGCUUUUAAGAAGGUGUACGGAAACUAG